AGUGGUGUUGCUGCUGCUGCUGCUGCUGCUGCUGAUCCUGACACAGAAACCGGCUGUCCUGUUCUGAAAGGGGAUACACAUCAGACACGGUCCGCUUACCAUCACAUUUGCAGGGACACCUUCUGUAGCUGUAGUUGCACUUUUUUAUUAUUAUUUUAAAAGAAUAAACCACCAGCUUAAAAUAAUGAUCAAGAACGGGCAUCACCACCACCAAGUGAACGCAGCAGCAGCAGCAACCGGGAAAGACGCAGGGACGACCCCCAGCGCUGCAGCGUGCAGUCCCGAGAAGAGGAGGCGAAGGAUACGGGUGUGGUGCGACGGCUGCUAUGACAUGGUCCAUUAUGGACACUCCAACCAGCUGCGACAGGCCAAGGCAAUGGGAGAUUACCUCAUCGUUGGAGUGCACACAGACAGUGAGAUUGCGAAGCACAAGGGUCCACCAGUCUUCACUCAGGCAGAAAGGUACAAGAUGGUGAGGGCCAUAAAGUGGGUGGAUGAGGUCGUGGAGGGAGCGCCUUACGUCACCACCCUAGAGACCCUCGACAAGUACAACUGUGACUUCUGUGUGCACGGAGAUGAUAUUACACUAACAGUGGACGGGAAAGACACAUAUGAAGAGGUGAAGAAGUCAGGCCGGUACAGGGAGUGUAAGAGAACCCAGGGAGUUUCAACUACAGAUCUGGUUGGCAGGAUGCUACUGAUGACCAAAGCACACCACAGCAACAUUGAUAGUUCAGACUAUCAGCAGCACACAGACAACUUUGGAAAGGGGGCACAUGGGCAGAAGGGCCACAGUCCCUGGACGGGGGUGUCUCAGUUCCUGCAAACGUCACAGAAGAUCAUCCAGUUUGCUUCAGGGCAGGAGCCUCAACCUGGAGACACCAUCAUCUAUGUGGCAGGAGCCUUUGACCUCUUCCACAUCGGCCAUGUUGACUUCCUUGAAGCGGUGCAUAAACUCGCAGAAAAGCCAUACAUUAUAGUGGGUUUGCACUUUGAUCAGGAGGUGAAUCGCUACAAAGGGAAAAACUACCCCAUCAUGAAUGUCCACGAGAGAACACUCAGCGUCCUGGCUUGUCGAUAUGUUUCCGAAGUGGUGAUUGGUGCACCGUUUGCAGUCACUAAAGACUUGAUUGACCAUUUUAAGGUGGAUCUUGUAUGCCAUGGUAAGACACAAAUAUAUCCUGACAAGGAUGGAUCCGACCCUCAUGCGGAGCCAAGGAGGAUAGGAAUCCUGCGUACUGUUGACAGUGGGAACAGCCUUACCACAGAUGCCAUUGUGCAGAGGAUAAUUAAGAACAGGUUGUUAUUUGAAGCAAGGAACCAGAAGAAAGAGGCCAAAGAGAUCGCUGUGAUUCAGGCCAUGAAGCGAAAAGAGGAGGAAAAGACUAAAGAAAGACCUCAGGCUGUGCUGCAGAAAGGCCCCAAAACAAGCACCAUCAACUGACAUAACAGUGACACUUAAACUCAUGUACACUAAAAACAACUCUUUGAUAACAGUGACAGUCAUGGCUGAUGACAACAGUACUAACAGCCGCCCAUUUAUAGCCAGGUCGGCAUAGUCUGCUGUGAGUAUCAGGUAUACAGUGUGGGUGUACGUGUGUGCGUGUGUGUGUGGAUGUGUGUGAGGAUCCUAUGUGUGUAUUCAUAUAUCCUACAUAUGCAACUACAUGAUCAUAUUAGUCAGCACUCACAUAUACUGACUGAGUUAUGGACAGAAUAUUAGUCAAGAGUAGGAAAAAGGAAGCUAUCAAAUGUCUAUUUUGUGUCUUAAAAUACUUUUUUAAGUUUUUGCUUUCAAACACAUUUUUUAUGAGUUAUUUUUCGGGGAUUCGGACAUGCACAUUGGAAGUGUGGGGACUUGAGAUGUUGGCCAUGCCUUGAACUUUAAAGGAUGUGAUUUGGUUUGUCAUUAAUGUGGGGUUGUCACUGCUUUCUGUCCAGCAAUGGUUGUCGCCCCCUAGCUAAACUAUCUUUGUAUAUACUGUACUUACUGUAUGUAUGUAUUAUAGGUUGAUUACAGUCUCUCUGCAGGAUGCUAAAACCAGUAGAGAGUCAGGGAAGAACAGUUCUCCUGAUUCUCUGCUUCUAACUUUGGUUGUCUGAGGUGUUGACACUUUGAUGGACUCUCACUGGACCUCAUGUACAUAUCAGACCUCGCUCCUCUCAGACUGCACUGACUGCUCGAAAAAUCAUCAGAAAUUUUCUGUUAAAUUGUCAGAACUGAUUUUUAACUCCCAAAUGCACAUCGAAGAGACCUGCAUGCCCGGCCUUUUUGAGUGCAAAAUGCAUUGUUUUAAAGCAACACUACCUUAGAUUGAUCCUAAUCUAGAGAACACUUCAGAGCAUUAACAGACUCCUUUUAACAUUUAGAUUUUAGUUUUAAUAGAGAAUAAUGACAGAUGUUCAAUGUUGUUGACUUGAUCAUGAAAUAGACCUCUCACUCAUGAAAUAGACCUCUUACUGUCUUUAACUCUGUACAAUUAACCUCUGUCUCUAUAUCAAAUCGGAUGAAAUAAUAUAUUUUUUGUAGAUGUGUAUUUUACUUACCUCCUCUGCAUUAACUACUGUAUAGAUGGUUUCAUAUGUAAAAAGCAUAAUAACAAUGUCUGUAUGUAAAGUCGGAAUGUAUUCAAUGUAGGCUAUAAUGUUUGUUAACAACAACUCCCAGUUGUAAAAAAUGAUUGGACUAAGGUACACUAUUGCUGAUAAUUAUAACAUUUUAUUUCUGAAG